UUUGUCGGCAAAAUGUCAGAUCUGAGGCAGACAGAUGAGUAUACAUCUCUUUUGCCUGGAACUACCCCCGAAUUUCCCUCACAGAGUGAUACAUUUAUGAUAAAAAGCAAUUCUCUUCUACAUGAGUCAUGGAUCUUGAUCAAGGGUGCCGUGCCCGUUAUACUCGCCUACAUGCUUCAAAUGAGUAUCUCAACGAUCACUGUGAUCAUUGCAGGCCGUGCAUCUCCAUUGGACCUAGCUGUCAGUGCUUUCUCCCUUAUGUUCGCAUUGGUCACUGGAUGGAUGAUUGCACUAGGUGGGACAACGGCCCUCGAUACUUUGGCGUCAUCCACGUUCACCGGAAGUAAAACGAAACAUGAUUUGGGUAUACUGCUUCAACGGGCAUUCUUGGUUCUCGGCGCUCUCUACAUACCGGUGGCUAUGAUUUGGGCGUGCUCGUAUCCACUUUUCCUCGCCCUCGGUCAAGAUCCAGAACUUGCAUACCACAGUUCUCGAUUCUUGACUUGUCUCAUUCCAGGAGGGCUUGGGUAUAUUUACUUUGAGGUCAUGAAAAAAUACUUGCAGGCCCAAGGCAUUAUGCGAGCCGGAACAUACGUUCUUAUGAUUACCUCGCCUCUAAACGGUGUGCUGUGCUAUACGUUCUGUUAUUCCCUGAACUUGGGGAUCCUUGGUUGUCCUCUCGCGUUGAACAUUUCCUACUGGCUAUCCUUCAUCUUGUUAGUUCUUUACGCGAAGUAUAUCAGCGGUUCCGAAUGCUGGGGUGGAUGGUCGCGAGACGCCUACAGAAACCUGGGGACUUUCACUCGCCUUGCAAUUUCUGGGAUCCUGCAUGUCGGUACGGAAUGGUGGGCUUUUGAGAUUGUUGCUUUAGCUGCAGGCCACCUGGGCACUAUAUCGCUCGCCGCUCAAAGCGUUAUCAUGACGGCUGAUCAGAUCAUGAAUACCAUUCCUUUCGGAAUUGGUGUUUCUAUCUCUUCUAGGUUGGGAAAUCUUUUGGGGUCUCGAGAUCCCAAAGGAGCUAUGCGCGCCAGUCACUUGGCCGCUAUAAUUGCCUGUAUCUUCGGCGCGGUGGUACUUGCUAUUCUGAUGGGCACCCGAGACCAUUUUGCUAAGAUUUUCAACAACGACCCACGAGUGGUGGAGCUGGUAUCAGAAAUCAUGCCAUUGGUUGCUCUCUUUCAGAUUGCAGAUGGUCUGAAUGGAAGCUGUGGUGGCAGUUUGCGUGGAAUGGGAAGACAGCACUUGGGCGCAGCCGUGAACAUCGUCAGCUAUUAUCUUUUUGCUCUACCUUUGGGGAUUUGGCUUGCAUUUCAACAUGGCUGGGGUCUCAAGGGUCUUUGGGUUGGCCAGUGUGUUGCCCUUUACUGUGUUGGAAUUGUGCAAUGGAUCAUUGUUGGACGUAGUCGAUGGGACAAGGAGGUGCUCAAGGCAUUCAAGCGCAUGGAUCAUGAGAACUUGGAGGGUAUAGACGAGGAAACGGCAAUUGAUGUUUGA